GGCACAUCGCGUCCACAGACGAUCUUCAGACGCCCUGUGCUCUCCUCUCAGCUGACACACAGCAACAAACCGGGAGCCGCCGUCCAGCCUCUGUCGGGAGCAGAUUUGACCUCUUACCGGCCGGUGUUUUGCCACCACUGCAGCCUCUUCUCUUCAUAUUUAAACGUCAUUUUUCGCGGGAUGCUAACAUGUUCUGAUUCACCCUGCAAGCGAUGAGUGAACCGAGUACCGAGAGGACCGGGCCGAAGGAGGUUCUGUUGAGUUCGGGCUGCCGAGCCUCGCUUGUCGGGCUGGUCGGAGGAUGGAGCCGAGGCUGAACGGGGAUGGCAAGCCGUCCGUGUCCUGGUUCCUCGGCCCUGCCCUCAUUUUCUCCAUCCUGGCUGUGUUAGUGAGCUGCCAUGGGACGUGCAAACACAGAGCCCCGUCUCCCGGUGAGGUCGUCCAUCAUGUGCACUUGAAGCCUGAGCGCUUGACUAAGAGAAGCCCCCCUGACGACCUUCAGCUGAAGAUAAAGAUCAUCUACGACUACAGCGUUGACCAGCUUCCUGCAGACAAGAGACGACUGGUUAAGGAUAAGCUGUUUCCUCAGGCCAUUGACUACCUGCAGAGGGCCUUCAGUGUGAGGCGCAGGGUGGGGCCGGUGCUGCUCAGCAGACAAUGUGCGACCAACCAGUACCUGAGGAAGAGAGAUGACCCUCAUCGCUACUGCCAGGACGCCUGUGCGGACGUCACCCGGUGUGGCCCCAUCAUCGUCCCACAGCACCACCUGCAGCAAUGCAAGGUGUGCAGUGAAUCAGGGAAAUCAUGUGGUCCCGCGGGGCCCCCGGAUGGUCCCGGAGUCGAAGGGUCUGACUUUGUGCUGUACGUCAGCGGCGUCCCCACAGAGCGCUGCGGACAGGAGAACAUCGUCGCCUACGCCGCCUACUGCCAGCUGGAGGCGGAGCUGGACAGACCUAUAGCAGGCUACGCAAACCUGUGUCCUGCCAUGAUCUCCUCUCAGCCUCAGGAGUUUGAAGGGAUGCUCUCCACCGUCAAACACGAGAUCAUCCACGCUCUGGGGUUCUCAGCGGGCCUGUUUGCCUUCUACCAUGACGACGAGGGCAAACCUCUGACUCCUCGCUUCGCCAGCGGCCUGCCCGCCUUCAACGAGAGUCUCGGUCUGUACCAGUGGAGUGAUGCAGUGAUCAGGAGGGUCAGCCGGUUGUGGGACAUCAGAGGAGGAGAGAUGGUCCGACACCAAGUCCACGUCCUGGUGACUCCGCGCGUUGUGGAGGAGGCCAGGAGACAUUUUAACUGUCCCAUCCUGGAGGGAAUGGAGCUGGAGAACCAGGGAGGGACGGGAACUGAACUGAACCACUGGGAGAAGAGACUGCUGGAGAACGAGGCGAUGACGGGCUCCCACACUCAGAACCGGGUGUUUUCUCGGCUGACGCUGGCCAUCAUGGAGGACAGCGGCUGGUACCGAGCCAACUACAGCCUGGCCCAGAAGCUGGACUGGGGCCGCGGCCUCGGCUGCGACUUCGUCAUGAAGAGCUGCAAGUUCUGGAUGGACAGGCAGAGACAGAGACGACAUGCCGUGACUCCAUACUGCGACACAGUGAGAGCUUCUCCUCUGCAGCUCACCUGCAGACAGGACCAGCUGGCUGUGGCCGUCUGCAACCUGCAGAAGCACCCACAGGAGCUGCCGCUGGAGUACCAGUAUUUUGAGAGGAUCCCUGACGUGGCAGCUGAUCAGCUGCCGUUUUUCGGCGGCGCGGUGGAGAUCGCCGACUACUGUCCCUUCAGCCAGGAGUUCAGCUGGCACCUGAGCGGAGAGUAUCAGAGAAACUCGUACUGCCGAGUGUCUGAGAACCAGCCAGACUGGUGGAGGAACUAUGGAGCAGAGCAGUACGGACCGGACUCCGUGUGUCUGUACCAGAAGUCGGCCUUCGUUAUGGAGCAGUGCUCCAGGAAGAUGACGUACCCCGACUGGGGCUCCGGUUGCUACAAGGUGUCGUGCUCGGCUCAGGGCCUGACGGUGUACGUUCAGGAUCGCUCCUUCCGCUGUGUCCGGAAAGGUCAGCUGCUGAGCGUCAGCGUGCGAGUCAACGACUGGGUUUACAACGGCGUCCUGGUCUGCCCCGCCUGCACCGACUUCUGCGACGACUGCCUGCUCCCCCAUCAGCUCCCGCCCCUCAACGCCUCCAGGAGCAACCCCAUUGACCCGUGCUCCAGCUCUCCAGUGUAUCUGAACAUCCAGAGGAACUGACUGGGGAUCAGCCCAAAGCAGCUGCUUACAGACAGGAAGUGGACUGUAUGAUUGUUCAUGGCAGUUUGGGUGUGAAGUGACAAGUGGACGGAUAUAAAGGUACAAACACUUUUUUAAAAUUGUGCUUUUAAGCUGAAAGAUCUUCUUGUACUUCCUCUGAGUGAGACAACAUGAGGAUCUUUGCAGUUUGGUGACCCCUGGUGGCAGCAGAGGGUAACAUAUUAAAUUUAUCAGACGUGAUUUAACCCAGAAAACCUGCCAUGUAAAUAUGACUAAGACUCUGAGCUGUUUUUAGGGGCAGACCGGAUGGAUCGCUUUGGGUUCGUGACUUUGUGGUGUGGCAGUUCAGUGGUGGGGAAGGUUUCAGUGAGAAACAGUUUGUCCUGGUCAGACGUCAACCUUUUCUCAGAUUCUGCCAAAAAGGCUCUUGUGUGUAAACUAUUAAAGUGCAAAACAGCAUUUUGAAACUAUUCCUGUUGUAAAAGCAUGAGGAAAGAAAACCUCCGAUGGUAAAUUUUCAAGACCAAAGCUCACAGAUUUGAAAUGAAGCACAUUUCCUCAUUUUACCAGCUACCCCCUCAUUCUCACCAAUGUGUCCUCAAAGUGGCCAUGCUCACGAUAAUACACAGAUAAAAUCAGCCGGUAAGUGGGUCACUUCAGGGCCUGAUAACAACAUCGGACACGCCGACGCACGGUGAACGUCGUCACAGGAAUGCGUGAGACUGCAGGGGGAGGAAGAGGAGGGUGAGGCAGCUCAUCUUCAGUAAAGCAGGGCGGUGAGGCUGAAGCCACACUCUGAUCUGCCGCGAGAGGCGUCGCUCAGCAGGAAGUACUGAACGCUGAGGCGUCGUGAUAACAAGCGAAACGUCCUUCCCUGCCAGAGUGCGACUCGUUUAAAUCCCAGUUAAAAGAGAAAGUCAUUAUGAGUUUAAACUUUGUAGUUUUUAUCGCUCCUCCUCAGGACCCAUAAUGCAAAGCCGAACGAUGUGCUCACUGAACAGUAAAGAUGCCAACUUCAAUUUAAAUUAACGACUUUCCGCUCAGAAAGGUUUGGGUCAGAGUAUUUCACCCUCUCCUGAGUCUGAGCCUCAUAACUUCAUAUGUAAAACUGGUGAACGGCAAGAUUUACUACAAAUCAAACCUUCUUCCCAACUUCCUGUUGGAGGCUCCUACAACCUGAACGAACCUGCUCAGGGUCCAGCCUCCCACACCAGGAAGAGGACUGAGACACAGUCAGACCGACGCUCAGUCAGCGGGCGAUGUUGUCUCUGAGGAGCGGGUCUGCUCGCUAUGUCGGCUGACCAAUCGGCUGGAGAUCUCCUACAGCUGAUACCAGGUUUUGUUUCACAGUUUGAACAAAUGUGCUCGGAGCAGAAGGCAGGCUGACGGGUGGACUGACAGACAGGAAGAAUAAGCCAUGAACAUUCAGACAGCCAACAGCUGAACAAGCCAUAGUGUCGGGAACUCAGCGGGAAACCUGAACCUUCUGAACCACAAGGUUCCCUCCACCUGCACUGAGGUGCUCUCGCCGCCUGAGCAAUAAAACCAGAAGCAGCAGUUUCUACUGGCUUCAUACCAGUCGUCCUCAUCGUACAGGAUCAGGGCGUCGAGGCGGUCGAGCUUCCAGAGCUACACGAGCGGUCGCUGCAGCGCGGCUGUUUGUUCAUGUGAGGGAAAACAUCUGCAGACAUCUGGUUUCAUUCCAGAGUGUUGUGUUCCUGUUGUUCAGCUUGGGAUGAAACUCUUCUUCUGUUGUAUUUUAUUCAUGUGGAGCUGCAGCUUGGUGGUUGUCUCGUUUGAACAUGAAACGCUGAAGCAGAACGACUGGAAUGUUGUUGGACUUUAAUGACACGGAGAGAAUCUUGUUUCUUAUUGGUGGAACCCAGCAGCGGUUGGUUUGUCUGUCGUCUGUCUGUCUGUCCAUGUCCUUUAAACGAACGUGACUCAACAGGAAGUCGAACACGAUCAACUGCUGCUUUAUUAUUUAUACGUGUGUGUUCAUGCACUGUAAGCUUUGUUUCAUUACUGUCUGUUUUACUGUUUUAAAGGGACAUUUCACCUAAACUCACAGUCCGUUUUGAAGAUAUUUACUGUGAAGUUGCACUGCGUCAAGCACUCUCUUAACACCUCGACAUCACCUUCCUGUUGCGACUGUUCAGAGAUGCAGCUGAGUCCUUCAGAGAGACACUUUGAGUCUUUCGACUGUUUUAUUUAUUUUUAGAAAAAGGGCUGCUUUGUAAGACAAAUCAACAAAACUCUGAUAAAUUUGUCAGAAUAAAUGCUGUCUGUACUGCA